AUGAAUACACUCAGAUAUUGCUUCUUUGCUGUCCUGAUUCUCAGUGUUUCACUUCCAUUUGGUUUCUAUGUGGUCGAUUUGCACGCACAAAGAUCCCUGAGGAGGCUGAACUUCUCGGUGAGUUCAACCUUAGCAGAAGCCUGUAAAGCACUUAUUGAAGGUAAGGAGCCCUUUCUGAAAGAAAACACUUUGAAAACAUCAUUUGGGCAAUCCAGUUGCACGGAGUACAUCACGCAGAACCACUACGUCACCCGGGCCCUCUCAGACGAGGAGGCUGCCUUCCCCAUCGCCUACAUCAUGACCCUGCACAAGGAGUUUGAGACCUUCGAGCGGCUCUUCAGGGCCGUGUACAUGCCCCAGAACAUCUACUGUGUCCACGUGGAUGCCAAGGCACCAUCCUCCUUCCAGCGGGCAGUGAAACACCUGGUGAGCUGCUUCCCCAACGCCUUCCUCCCUUCCCGGCUGGAGCGGGUGGUCUACGGAGGUGUCUCCCGCCUGCGAGCUGACCUCCACUGCAUGAGGGACCUCCUGGCCUCGGCCGUGCCCUGGCGUUACCUCCUCAACACCUGCGGCCAGGACUUCCCCUUGAAGACCAACCGGGAGAUCGUUCAUCUACUGAAGAGGCUCGGGGGAAAGAAUGUCACACCUGGGGUGCUGCCCCCUCCCCACAUCACCUCACGCACCAAAUACGUGCACAGGGAACAGCUCUACUCUCUCUUCUCUUUCAUGCUGUGGACCUUGGUGCCCAAAGGGCCCCCACCCCACAACCUGACCCUCUAUUUCGGCUCUGCCUACGUGGCCGUCAGCCGGCCCUUCGUGGAGUUUGUGCUGCAGGACCAGCGUGCCAUCGAUCUGCUGGCCUGGUCUGAGGACACCUACAGCCCUGAUGAGCACUUCUGGGUGACACUCAACAGGAUCCCUGAUGUCCCAGGCUCCAUGCCCAACGCAUCAUGGGAAGGUGACCUGAAAGCAGUGAAGUGGAUUGAUAUGGAAGAGAGCCAUGGAGGUUGCCAUGGCCACUAUGUCAGAGGCAUUUGUAUAUAUGGAACAGGUGACCUCAAGUGGCUUUUUAACUCCACCUGCAUGUUUGCAAAUAAGUUUGAGCUUAAAACAUACCCCCUGACUGUGGAGUGCUUGGAGCUGAGACAUCGGCAGAGAACCUUGUCCCAGAGUGAGGUUCAGGUGGAACCUAACUGGUAUUUUUAG